UUUUGGCGUUAGCCAGACCUCUAACUUGUCAAAGUGUCAGACAUUUACAGAAAGUCAUGUGUAUUUACAGAAAAAGAUAAGACGAUUAUGAUACUACACACUUCUACAGAAGAAAACAGAACGGUAUCAUUUGUUUACGUCGAUCUAGUCCGAAUUUUCGCAGACGGAAAGGGAUGCAUACACCGCUGAACCUGAUUACAUGUAUUCUCUGUAAGAGAAAUUCAUCAUUGUGUUUCUUUGCAUAAGAGAAAUGCUUUGAAGCAUAAAUAUACCGCGCACAGGAAAUUGCAAGUGAGACCACGAUGAUCCAUUCACCAGUCACCACAGACCAUGUGCAUUAGGGUUUGACUGAAACCUGUGGGUAUUAAAGUUUUUUUCGCUCCAUGAUGGCCCUGGCAAUGCCAAGUCUACAGACAGAAAAUGGGCCACAAAGAAAACUGCUAGGUGCCAGAAAGCGACGUCCCAGCCAUGACGUAAGUGAAGAUCAGGUCAAGAAAACAUCGAAAUACUUUAGACAAUCUGAUAAAGAGGUAGAGAGAUCUUUGAAGGACGAUGUAAUCAUCAAAACCAUGGCAACAGCUGCAGUGACUAGUGGUCAACAUGGUCAAGAACAGGGAUGGUUUGAAAGUUCAUUUUGCAGUGCAGGCAAAAGUUCAAAGGGGAACAAGAUUCAACAUGAAGUGGAUGUACAAUUGAAAGAAACUGCGGUGGAUGUCAGAGAUUUGAGUGCAGACAAGGGGAAAGAAAGCAGUAGGCUGGAGUUUCCUUUGACAAAUGGAGAACAAAAACCACCAGGGAAACCAUCAGAACAGGAUAAUUCGGAUAACAACUCAGAGAAGGAUUUCUUUGAAGAGAGUUUUCAAGACCAAGAUUUUCUGAGCCAUGUGGAGUCCAUUGAGAGUCAAAACUCCAUUGAUUUUGUAGACACUGUUUCAGAAGAGCCAGCAAAAAAUGAAAGUGUUUUGAACGAACAAGUUAAAAGAGAUUGCGUGAUUUUGUCGCCUAAAUGUAGGCCUAAUGAAAAAAAAGUUUUUGUCAAUGAAAAUUGCAGGAACAGUAUACAAAAUGGUGAUUGUGAUUUAAAGGGUAAAACUCAGAGUACUAUACAAAAAAGUGUCUGUGAUAGAAAUUCAAAACCCCAUAUAUCCGUGUGCAAUGAUAAUACUGAAAAAGAGGUCAAGUAUAUAGGACAGAAAUCUUCAGAUCAGUUCAAAAGUGGAGAAGUUUUUAAUUCUGUCAAUAGUGUGGGAUCACUAAGGGAUCGAUUAAAAAGAAAAUUACUACAGAACGUUGGGACUAAAUCCCCCGUUAGUCCUGCCCAGACAGUUGAGCAGGGAAGACAGAGCCGAUUAAAAGAGGUAGAGAGGGAGGUGGCCAUUAUACAAGGAGAAGGAUCUGCCAGUGACAUUGGUCCAUUUUAUGGUUUGCCAUCAAAAGUCCAACAGCUGUUACAGACCCAGAGAGGAAUAACUUCACUAUAUGAGUGGCAGGACAAGUGCCUGAGACUUCCAACACUGCAAAGGGGAGGUAAUCUGGUUUAUUCUUUACCUACUAGUGGAGGCAAGACUCUGGUGGCAGAGGUCCUAAUUCUGAAGGAAAUGCUGUGUAGGAAGAAAGACGCCAUGAUGAUUCUUCCGUUUGUGUCCAUUGUCCAGGAAAAGGUCAAAGGAAUGGCCCAAUUAGCUGUGGAGUUAGACUUCCUGGUGGAAGAAUAUGCUGGCAGUAAAGGCAAAUUUCCUCCCAUUAAACACAGAAAAAGGUCCCUGUAUGUAGCUACCAUAGAGAAAGCUCACUCUCUAGUGAACAGUUUGAUAGAGCAGGGGAGACUGGGUUCCCUGGGUUUGGUAGUAGUGGAUGAGCUUCACAUGAUUGGUGAGGGGAGAAGUCGAGGAUCCCGUUUAGAAGCCACUCUUCUGAAAAUUAUCUAUGCCAAAGCUUCCACACAGAUAAUUGGAAUGAGUGCUACCCUGAAUAAUAUAACCGAUCUCCUGACAUUCCUUAAAGCUGACAUUUUCUCCAGUGAUUUCCGUCCAGUCAAGCUUACUGAACAUGUGAAACUGGAUGACAGCAUUUUUGAAGUGCAGAAAGGUCAAACUCUGCAGGAAAGUUUACAUCAUCAACGGACCGUAGCUUUCCAGUACAGUCCAGAGAUGAACAAAAUGGACCCGGACCACCUCCUAGGUCUUGUGACAGAGGUUGUCCCACAACACUCCUGUCUCAUCUUUUGCUCCACCAAGAAAAACUGUGAAAAUGUUGCCCUGAUGCUGAGUAAAUUAAUGGCCAAAUACAAGAGAGAACUAAGUCAAGUGAAAAGACAAGAAAGAAAAGAUUUGUUGAAGGAACUGUACAAAGAUGGGGAACAGAGAAUGUGUCCUGUGCUUCAGCAUACCAUACAUUUUGGUAUAGCAUACCACCAUAGUGGUCUGACAACAGAUGAGCGCCAUCUACUGGAGGAGGCAUACUCUGAUGGUGUACUGUGUCUCCUGGCUUGUACCUCUACACUAGCUGCUGGUGUCAAUCUUCCUGCAAAAAGAGUGAUAUUGCGCAAUCCAUACAUUGGUACACAGUUCCUCAACAGGAGUCAGUAUAAACAGAUGAUUGGACGAGCAGGAAGGGCAGGCAAAGACACAACAGGGGAGAGCAUUCUUAUUGUCAGUCCUAAAGACAGGUGUAAGGUGUGGGAGAUAAUUAGUGGUCCCCUGGAGAACUGUUACAGCAGUCUCAAUUAUGAGGAUGGAAAAGGAAUCAGAUCUCUUAUCCUGUCCACCAUAGGUCUACAGGUCACCAAGACAACAGAGGAAGUUUUUGAAAUGAUGACUCGCACAUUACUAUCCAUCCAGGCUUCUCAGUUGUCAUGUGACAUUGUUGCCACGACAAAAGAUGCUCUUCAGCACUUGAUUGACAUGGGAUUAGUGAGACAGAUAAGGAUGCUAUCACAAGAUAAAGAAAACUCCCCACUCCCCCACACACUGGAAGUUACACCUCUGGGACGAGCCACAUUCAAAGGAUCAGUUGAUCUGGACUUUUCUGCUCAGUUGUAUAAAGACUUGAAGAAGGCAGAAGAAUCUCUGGUUCUUGCUAGCUAUCUACAUUUAUUGUUCCUUGUGACCCCAUAUGACCUUGUCAAGGAAGUUCAACCACCAUGGAUGACUUAUUUCAAACAGAUAAGUAUGUUGACUCCUGUGGAGCUGAAGGUGGCUGAGUUGAUAGGUGUACCCGAAUCUUAUGUAGCAAAGAAAGCCUCGGGCCAAUACACAAGACAGGCUGUUGACGAGUUUGUUGUCAAGCGCUUCUACCUGACCCUGAUGUUGUACGAUCUCUGGAAGCAAAAGUCAUUGUGGGAAGUCGCCGAAAAAUUUGAAUAUCCUCGGGGCUUUGUCCAGAACCUCCUUUCUGGAGCAGCUAGUUUUGCGACAUGUGUUUAUCACUUCUGUCAGGAGUUAGAGGAAUUCUGGGCCUAUCAAGAACUACUAGGAACAUUUGUCAAGCGCCUGGCUUAUUGUGUAUCUGCAGAACUCCUGCCGCUCAUGGAAAUACCUGGCGUCAAACUGGGUCGAGCUAAGCAGUUAUACAAUGCCGGAUUCCAGUCUGUUGCGUUAGUGGCAGCCGCUGAUCCAGAGGUCCUUGUCAAAUCCAUACAGCAGAUCCCUCGUAAAGUGGCCAAACAGAUCGUCGCUUCAGCAAAAGUUUUGCUGAAUGAGAAAGCUGAGGCCUUGCUACAGGAAGUGGAGGAACUGGUGACUGUUCCGGUUGACCAAUCAACCGUACAGAGUUCACAGGUUAUAGCCUCUCCCUGGGAUGAUAUGGACUUGUUUUCUAGUAUUGACAUACAGUCCUCUACCUCAUAAUAAAAAAUUAAAAUCUUUUUCAAGUUGAAAAAAGU